AUGGCUGUCGAUCAGGAGUCUUUCGUCCAUCUCGCGCGCCCCCUUGCGCCCAACGUGCUUGGCUUCGGUGUUAGCAAUGCCCCGCUUACCGUCAACAUCCAGCCUCAGGCCGUCUUCUCCAUUGUCGACCAUGCCGUCAGACGUGACGAUCGCGACACCCAGGCGACACGGGUGAUUGGUGCCCUCGUGGGUGUCCGCAGCGAGGACGGCAGCGAGGUCGAAGUGCGCUCCACCUUCGCCAUCCCCCACACCGAGAACGAGGACCAGGUCGAGGUGGACGUCGAGUACCAGAAGAACAUGCUGGCCCUGACCCUCAAGGCCAGCCCCCGCGAGACCCUGUUGGGUUGGUACACCACCUCGCACGAGCUCAACAGCUUCAGCGCCCUGAUCCAGAACUUCUUCGCCUCUCCCGAGACCGGCACCUUCCCCCACCCGGCCGUCCACCUGACCAUCGGCACCGAGGCCGGCGCUCCCAUCGAGACCAAGACGUACAUCUCCGCUCCCGUGGCCGUCAGCCCCGAGCGCGCCGCCGAGUCGUGCCUCUUCAUUGAGGUGCCGCACAAGCUCCUCUUCACCGACGCCGAGCGCGGCGCUCUUGGCUCCGUCGCCGCCGCCGCCGACGUCGAGUCGCGCUCCGCCCCCGUCGUCUCCGACAUUGAGAACCUUUCCCAGGCCCUCGAGACCGUCUCGGACCUGCUCGAGCGCGUCUCCGGCUUCGUCGGCGACGUGCUCGACGAGGAGCGCGACGGCAACCACGCGCUCGGCCAGUACCUCAUGAACGCCCUUUCGCUGGCUCCCAAGGUGUCCAACCUGGCCAUCGAGAACGACUUCAACAACCACAUCCAGGACGUCCUCAUGGUCUCGUACCUCGCCAACACGAUCCGCACCCAGAUCGAGCUGUCCCAGCGCCUGGCCACUGCCAAGCUCGACGAGGGCAAGGAGGCCGGCGACAAGAAGGAGGGCGAGGGCGCCGAGGGCGGCGACAAGAAGAACGACGGCCAGCGUGGCCAAAGGGGCCAGGGCGGCAAGCGUGGCGGUCGCGGCGGUGGUGCUGGUGGCCGCGGUGGCCGCGAGCAGAGGGAGCCCAGGGAACCCAGGGAGUCUGCCGAGUAA